AUGGGCUCAUUAGUCAUCAUCCUGAUAGAAACUCGUUAUUCAUCCACACAGAGCCAAAAUCGUACUUUCAGCUUGGUCAAAGGGAGUAACAUUAGCAACAACAACCUCUUUCGGCCCACUGUAUGGUCUGGAGGCAAUCCAAGUGGAGACCCAUUUCAUAAUCCCUCCGUUGGAGGAGAGGCACUGGAAGUGAGAAACAUCAGAGGCAUUUCCUCUAUCGACAGCAGUUUGGCCGUUACGAUGGUAUCAGAGUCUGCCACUGCCGUCGGAGUAGGCGGCUGCGGAGAUGACGUUGGUCUUCUAGCCUCCACUUCCGUAUCUGGUUCUUCAGGACUCAGUAGAGCCGCACGAACUUACAAAUCAAAUUUGGCUCCUACUCACUCACCCUUAGCAUCUGCUUCCUCCUCUUCGACGUCGGCAGCGACUCUCAGCCAAGCGGAGAUUCAAAUAUUGCCUUUCUCAGCGUCACCUUCACUGGCAACGGCGGCUCCAGUCCUGCUUAAUGCUGGAAGACCUGAUAGAACUGGCCCCAUUCCUUCUUCUUUGUGCAUUACUGCUGCCGCUUCAUCUUCCUCUUAUACCUCACCCUCCAGCCACAUACCCUUAGGUCGUAAACUCGGCAGUCAAAUGCAGGCACAGCUGGCGGCCGGUGAUUUCGCCCGACAUGGAUUUGAUGCGGCUUCUAAGGGCCGUUCGUGUGAACGCGAAUUACGGCGCCUGCAACACGAGCUACAGAUGAUGCGCGAACAGGUUGGUAACGCUGGUCGAAAAUAA